AGUGGAGUGACUUCGUGAAUUUCGUCAGGCGUGAUCCGGACAGGAUCUUUGCUGCUGAUCUCGGACCACUUUCCCGACAUCAUCUCAAAGUUCAUCUUGUGUGAUUCAGGGAUUUACUCAGAAUUUACCAACGGCCGUGUACCGUGAUAUGAACCUGAAAGUGCUGUGCCUGUCUCUCCUUCUUUUUGAAGCCUCCUGUUUCACUGAGUUUGAGAUUACUGUUCCCAGAGACACUGUAACUGGCUUUUACGGUGAGGUGCUCAUCCUCCCCUGCACGUUCCCUGCGGACAACUCAUGGAGUCUGAGAAGCACUGUUAUCACCUGGCAGCGUGGGCUGGAUGUUGUUCACAGCUUCUAUUACAGUCAGGACCAGCUCGACCGCCAGAAUCGGCUUUAUGUCAACCGCACCAGUCUGUUCAUUCAGGAGAUGGCAAGAGGAAACGCAUCACUUAGACUGGACAAAGUCACUCUUCAGGACACCGGCGUGUACACCUGCUCCAUCAGCACAAACACCGGCAGCCAGAAGAAGAGCUUUGGAGUGAAAAUAGGAGCGUUCUACUCUGAACCUCGUCUGCAGUUGUCAUUGUUAGCUGAUGGAGUAAAUCUUCUGGUGACUUCAGAUGGAGGUUACCCUUCUCCUACACUGCAGUGGCUGAUGGAGAAGUCGGACGUCACUAACCAGACACAAACACACCUCACGCAGGACACACAGACAGGACUUUAUGUAGUGUCAAGUUGGAUAAGUCUCACCGAAGUCUCAAAUUCUUCACUGACGUUCAUGCUGCACAACAAACCCCUGGGACAAGACAUCAGGAGAGACAUCCAACUCUACUCAGAUAAGAGUGAGAAGCAAGAAGAGUCAUCCAGAUAUCAAGGGUGCUUCAUAGUGAUCACCGUUGUUCUGCUUCUGCUGAUUGUGAUGAGUGUACUGUUUUUGUAUAUUAAAAAAAGGAGAAGAAGAGGAGAACAGACCAAACAAAAUGGCUUUACAGAAACUGGACUCCCUUCUGAAAUCCAGAAUCUUAAUGGAAAAAGUUUAAUAUGUCCAUAGUGGCUAUGUUCAAUAUCACUUCAACAAACGUUAUCCUGUUCAUGUAAUGUAUGAAAGAUGUAUUUUUUUAUACUGUUUGUAUAUAUAUAUAUAUAUAUAUAUAUAUAUAUAUAUAUAUAUAUAUAUAUAUAUAGUAUAUAUUGUGUUA